AUGUGGCAUGAGACCUAUGAUGAGAUGAUGAAGAUUAUAAUCUCAAUAUUUCGACUUGAUCAGUUCCGUCCGAAAAGAGACGAAGAAAAAGUGGACUUGAGUUUUGAGGCUCAUGUUUAUUUUGAUGAUGCUUUUGUGGAUGUUCCUGGAAGUCAGGGUCGCCACGUCAACGAAUACGCAGAAGUACUGGUCAACAUCAUCCGAGAAGUCUAUGGUAUCUUCAUGAAUAUGGACAAAGACAUCUUCAACAGAACACAGCAGGUCCCAAGUCAGAAGGUCAUCCAGACACCGUAUGGGGGGAGAUUGGUGGUGACGAUGCCUCGUGGAAACAACAUUAUAAUUCAUUUUAAAGACAAAAAACUCAUUCGACACAAAAAGCGCUGGUCUCAGGUGAUGUACAUGUACUACCUUCUGGGCUGGAAGGUUGCAACCAAAUAUUAUAAGAGCAGUUUGAAAAAUAAAAUAAUAGUUACAACAUUGCAACAUUAUGGCCUUGUGCAUGUUGACCUUACACAGAAAGAGAAGCGCAACACGUACGUCCUGGCCUUAGAUGGAGACACGGACUUCCACCCAACUUCAGUUAUGCUCCUCGUGGAUCGGCUCAAACUUUAUUCGAACGUGGGAGCAGUGUGUGGCAGGAUUCACCCCACUGGAUCAGGGCCUAUGGUGUGGUAUCAGAAGUUUGAGUACGGCGUGGGGCACUGGCUGCAGAAGACAGCAGAGCACGUGUUUGGGUCAAUCCUGUGCAGUCCGGGAUGCUUCAGUCUCUUCAGAGCUACAGCCAUUAUGGACGACAACGUGAUGAAGAAGUACACCGUCAAAGCGACAAAGGCCAGCCACCACCUGCAGUACGACCAAGGGGAGGACCGCUGGCUGUGCACUCUGAUGAUGAAGCAGGGCUGGAGAGUGGAGUACAGUGCAGCUGCAGAUGCCUACACCAAUGCACCAACGGAGUUUAAGGAGUUUUAUAACCAGCGCCGUCGUUGGGGCCCUUCCACAUUUGUGAACAGUGUGGACCUUUUGGGAGAUGCCACGUUGAUCAUCCACAGGAACCACUCCAUCUCCAGACCUUACAUAUUGUAUCAGCUGAUCAGCCUGAUCACCUCCAUUCUGUCGCCCUCCUCUGUCAUACUCAUGAUCACAGGUUGUUGGAACUUGCUUCUGGACAUUGAUCAAAACAGCGCUCUGAUCUUGUCCAUCAUUCCCCCACUUCUGUUUCUCAUCGUGAGCUACAAAGUAAAGGCAGACACACAGGUCACCAUUGCGGCGGUGAUGUCCUGUUUAUACGCCAUCGUCAUGAUGAUCACAUUUAUGACUAUCAUAGGAAACAUGGUUGAAGAUAAGAGCAUCAUGACUCCCAGCAGCCUCUUCAUCAUCUCACUGAUGGUGUUUUAUGUGCUCACGGCUCUUCUUCACCCUCAGGAGGCGGGCUUGGUCCUAUACGGCCUCCUCUACCUCCUGUGCAUCCCCAGUGCGUAUCUGCUGCUCAGUAUCUACUCUAUGGUCAACAUGAACAGUGUGUCCUGGGGAACGAGAGAGACAGCCCCCCCACCAGGUGCCCAGCCUGCAGCCUCCGGCCCUGCUCUGAGCCCACUGAAGAAAGCCCUGAACAGCAUUAAGCAGUUCUGCAGCAGAGGGGUGUGCUGUCGGAAGUGCAGGAGGGACAGCGCAGAUGAUCUGGUGAUGAGAGAACAGAAUCCAGAGUCUCAUUCCCUAGACCAAGAGGAUCCAGAAGACCCACAACUACUGCCCCAGAACACAAUCGUGGAUGGUGUGGCCCCUAUUCAAGCCGAACCAGACCAGUAUCCAGAACCUGUCCCUUACUAUCCUAUCCAAAGUUGGAUCACUCAGGUACAGGGUUUGUCCGAUGAUAUGCAUUUAGUAGAAGACUCUCUUGACACGGAGGAGGAGCAGUUUUUCCAAGAGCUGAUUGUUCGUUAUUUGGAGCCUAUACAUCUUGACAAAAAGAAACAAGAAGAGAUGAAGGAAGGUCUGCUGAGUCUUAGGAAUAAGAUUAACCUCAUUGGACUAUUUUUAGGACAUGUUUUUACUCAUUUCUGUUCAAAAACAUCGAGAUACACAUUUUUGUCAACAACAAUUCAGUAUUUUGCGUACAGUCUCCAUUUUAUUGUACAUUCACACUUUUCUAAAACAAAACCCCUUACUUUUCCAUUGUUUUUGCAGGCUAACUUUGUAUACUUCAUGAUCAACGCGAUGUGGCUGACGAUCACAUUUGCGCUGCAGUACAGGAGUGACCUUGUGGGCGUCAAAAUCCCCGUGAUGGACAUAUACUUCCAAGAGACGGGACAGUACCUCUUCAUCGAGCCUGUCGGAGUCAUGUUCAUUAUGGCCUUCGCUCUGCUCGUCCUCAUUCAGUUUAUAGCCAUGCUCUGGCACAGGUUGUACACAUUGAUUCAUUACAUCGCCUUCUUGGACACAGAGACCGUGAAGCUCGAGGAACCCAAGGAACCCAAGAUGGAAGUUUUCAAAGCCUUAAAAAAGGUUGACGAUGAGGAAAGUGACGACAAUGACGAGGUGCUGUUCUCAAGCGUACGCCACAGAAGUCACGACUCAGGAUCAGAGGUCUGAGCUAAACUACAGUAAACAAGACAGAAAAUGAGCACUUUAAACACACCACUAGACAAUGCACUGAAGACUAUGAAGGAUUGCAUGUUAUGUUUUUUGUUUUUUUACUUAAAUUCCUCACUAACUUUUUUACCUGAUAUGUACAGUUUUGGAGAAUGUGCACAGUACACAAUUCUGGGCCAUGUACAGAACCUUGUUGUAGCCCCGCCUGUACUGCACUUUUGGACGACUUCUUUCUUGCUGUAGUCCAUUAAUCAAUAUAACUUUAUCUCUUGAAGGACAAUUUAAAGCAACACUGUGUAACUUUCUGGUGGGACAUUCUCCAUGGAGAUAGAUGAGUUUUAUAUUUAUAUAUGCAACACACAGAACAAUAUCUCCAUGGAGACACGCAGGAGGAAGUCAGUGAAGCAAAAAUUUGAGAGAAAUAUCCAAACAGAAAAUCCAUACAUAUUGAACCUUAAAGGGACAGUUAGUGAGCCAGAGUGUUGGAGACAUGUGGAGACACUUUUUUAAAUAUUCCAUCCAGUCCUUGUAUUUGCAGAGGUCGCUGGUCCUAGGCUAGUGCAUGUCAAUGGCCAUAGUUAGCCUGCCACUAAAAACAAAAUCCCGAAGCAAAUCUAU